GCUAGCUAGCCUCACUUGUAAACUACAGGCAAAGAGGGAGGGCAGUUGAAAUGGGUUAAUCUGUACGUGAUAAAUCAGUGUUUAAUUUAUUCAGUCAUCGUUUAUAAAAACAUUAUAGAGUGAAUGAUUUAAAAGAUAAAGGUAAACAGCAAAAAUGCACAGAAAUGUUUAUCAAUGCGCGAGAUUUCCUUUUGUGAUCUGAGAGAUCUGAUGGGAUGGUAGCAUGUCUGAUUAAGUGUUUACGAAAGUGAAAUGCCAUGGAAAUAUCCAAUCUUACCUAGCUUUCUAAAUAAAACCUGUGAUUGCAGGUGAACCAGCUUAUGAAAUGAUGGAGACUGACCCAGACUGGGCACCAUCCCUACAUCUGGGACACACAUCUGUUACACCGACAAACUCUGCACGCUCUGCAAGACGAACGUGAGCAGCUACGGAAAGAGACACUGCAAGCACCAGAGAUGGGGGUCCAGCAGGAUGCAAACAUUGAAGAGCUGCAGACCAAGGAGGGACCAUCUGAGCCUGGUGAAAUAAACAGUCACCAACAGAAUGAGGAAGGGACACCUGACGCUGGAGAAGAAAGUGGUCAGCUACAGACUGAAGAGGGGACACAUGAAGCUGGAGAAGAAGGUGAUCAGCUAAUCACAGAGGAUGAGACGCACAACACCAAUCAGGAUGUGACACAGACUGUGAUUAUUGACCGUUUUGAAAUUUUCACAGAAAACCCAUCAAAUCUGAAAGCACGUGCCCAAAUGUUUUCCAGCUACAGUGGGGAGAACAAGUAUUUGAUACACUGCCAAUGAGUUUUCCCAUUGGCAGUGUAUCAAAUACUUGUUCUCCCCACUGUACAAGCACCACCACACUAUGAAGUAUUUAAUAUGUAUUACACCCAAGGGAGCCAUUUGUUUCUUAUCAAAAGGCUGGGGAGGGCGUACAAGUGACAAACAUAAAACCCUGAACAGUGAUUUUUUUUUUUGGAUAAUUUGUUACCUGGGGACAUUGUUUUGGCUGACAGAGGUUUUGACAUACAAGAAUGUGUGGGCAUGUAGUGUUCAGAUGUCAAACUCCCAGCAUUUACAAAAGGCCGCUGUCAGCACAUUUGAGAAUCCAUGUUGAAAGGGUCAUCGGAAAUGUUUGUCAGAAGUAUAAGAUCUUAACAGGAACCAUACCCAUAAACAUGAUUCUUCCAUGUGAAGGUGAAGAAGCUACAUUGUUGGAUAAGGUUGACUCCUUGCCUCUCUCAGGUACGUAAAACACUAGUGUUGGUUUUGAUAACGAAAAGUACUUUUUUUUUUUUUUUUUUUUACUAAUUACAUUCAAACAAUUUUGUGGAGAUAAACACUGAAUAGGAAAUACAAUGUUUGCUAACAAAACGAGAUGUUUGACAGGUUUACUUUUUUUGGAUUUAUAAUUUUUACUAAAAUUCUCAACACAGCAGCAGUACAAUGGUAAACAGAAAAUAGCAAUACAAGGAAAUAUAAAACGUGCAUAUGAAGUAAAAUAACACUAGUUGUAGAAUAACGUGUUCAAGUAAAUUUGUCCCACUUCACAUGAUAAGUCCUGCAUUGAGAGAAUUGCACAUCUUUGCAUGCCAAUGUCAACACUGAAACAAUAUAUUGUGCAAUAUACAUAAAUUUGCAUGUCAUUAUGACAGUUCCUUCACCUGUUUUAGUCAUGUGAUGUUUAAGAUGAUAUUCAAGGUACAAUUCAAGUUCAAGGAUGUUCAAGUAAGAGCUGUAUCAUGUUUCUGAGAGUAGCAACGAGUGACGACUGUGUUGUCGCAGUCCUGCGGUCGAAAUGCGAAGAUCCUGCACCGAGCCAUUCGUUAAAUGUCCGUGAGCUUCGAGAGAUUUAUAGUUUUUAAAAUGUAAGCGCUGAUACCGUAAACGAGGGACUUUUUUGUAUCCGAGGGACUUUUUUAUAUCCAGCGAUGAAGUUGGAGGCAGUAAUGUGGCGUCGGAGCUACUCCUGUUCUGGUUUGUUUACAUCCGUGAUACACUCAAAAUGGCGCAUGGGGGCGUGUCCGCUAGUUUGGGCACGUGACUGACAAAGACCGAUUUACGACGUGUUUUUCUGCUCGUUAACAUUAAUAAUCAAAAUGGUGAAGGCGUGUGUGCCGGUCGGUUGCAAUAACAGAGAAGAUAGACGGAGAAGACGGAGAGACUUGAAGUUCUACCGGAUUCCGAGAGACCCGGAGAGAAGAGAGCGAGAUGGGCUGCUGCAAUUCGACGAGAAAACUGGGCUCCAAACGAUUACCACAGAUUAUGUAGUAGUCAUUUUAUAUCUGGUAAGAUGCAUUUAAUAUAUAUUUAGAGGGUUUUGGGCUGACAACCACAAUUAAGAUCAUUGCUAGGCUAAUCGCCGACAACAUACACGUAUGUAUGUAGUGAGAGUGCUAUCGCUAAACCAUAUAAACAUUAAAAGACCUAACUCCAUUGACAAACGACAUGAAAUACAUUAGACUUGACAGUGGAUGUUAGCAAUAACAAAAGAUUUUGAAUUGAAAAUUUCGUAACUCACCUUUCCAAGCACAAGAUAGAUUCCUGCCGAAUUUUCGUGGACGAGGACCUGUUUCACCCAACCAGCAACGAAGUAUUUAUAAGCCUCCAAGCUCUUAAAGUUUUUCAAACUUUCGUGAGAAUAGGCUGAUUUUGUGUGGACAAGAUAGUUGUCCAUAUCAGGCUAGCUAGCAGAUGUCAGGCAAAUACGGCGGAGACAGCGGGUCGAAAAACAUCGAUUUAGGCAUCAAAUAUGGAUCUGGCGAAUGGAUAAACUGAAGCUUUUCCACAUAACGCCUUUUAUGCAACGCAUCAAGUGAGUUUACGGCAUCCGAAAGCACCGGGUCUUCCAUAAAAUGCAUUAUAAAUUGCUCGAUCAAUUGAGACCAUUGAUAAUACAGACACAAAAUGACGGACAAGGGGGCGGAACCAUACAGCGAGCACGUGAUUUUGUGACGUCGGUGGGUAGGGUCUAUACCGUAUUAUGACUGAAUUCGCUUACAACAAAUGGACGAAUGCUGUUAUCUAGUGGCCGUAAUGGGAAAUUACCGUACACAACAAAUAAUACAGAUCACACGACAUCAACAUUGUAUAUGCAUCGGGAAGGCAUAAAAAAUACAUACAAUGCACAUAUACAACUCCAUUAGCGACCUUUAGCGAUAGCGACCGAUGCUAAUAUGCUAACGAAUUCACAAACGUAAAUCUUCCAUGAAAGUGUUUGAAUGUAAAGUGCUUCGACAACGAUGAACAGCCCUCCUCUUCCGCAAUCGGACCACGCUCGUGAUUGGCUGUGCGAUGUUGAGUCCCUCGCAACAGCCGCUCUCCCGAUUGGCUUUUUAUAAAAGAGAUUAAAAAAAAAAAAAAACACAUAAAGGAGAUAAAAGCUAAAGACUCGCCAUUUUUUCCGCUUUUCUCGACGGUGGUUCCAGCAUUAUGGUCUAAAAAAAUCCUUAUCUAAUCUUCGUCUCAGCAUUCAGAAAUCAAGUGGGAAAAUGUCCGCGAGACCGGAGGAACUUUGCGGAGUGAAAGAGGAGCCCCAACGUCACCGACACUUGACUGUGUGCAAACUAAUGCACGCUAAGGUUGUUCUUCACAGACUAGAAGAUCUAUACGUCAGCCAAGCCCAUUAUCCUGAGCACCCGGAGUCUGCAUGCAUCAAGGACGAGGAGGAAGAGUCGCCAUCCAUUAAGGAAGAGUUCAUACACAUUAAAGGUUUCAGAAGAUAUCAUGCUGAGUGGCAGGAGCUGGAAUCUCCUGGCAUUAAAGAGGAUGUUGAGCUCCCCCAAAUCAAAGAGGAGGAGGAGACAGAGCCCUGUCAACAGAAGCAACUUCCAAUCAAAAAGGAGGAGGAAGAGCUGCCAUCUGUUAAAGAGGAGGAAGGGGAGGAGCAUAUCACUAGGUCAAAUGGUGAGCCCUUGAAGAGUGAAGAUGGUCCGAGUGAGGCUGGGAGAGGGGCAGAGCCUCCAAGCAGCUGCAGCAGCAGCUCAACAGAAGGAUUGCAGGCAGACAGUUUCAUCGCUCCAUCAAACAGAAGUGGCACCACAUCACACUCACCUUACAAUGAAGAUGGUCAUAAGAAAUCUCAAAGUGACGACAAACUCUGCAAAUGCUGUCAGUGUGGGAAAACCUUUCCUACCAGGCAAACUUGUCAUGCGCGUAUGAGGAGGCACACUGUCGAAAAACCUUUUUCCUGCUCAGUUUGUGAUCAAAGAUUCGCUCGGAAGCAACACUUAAAACAACACACAAGAACCCACACUGGCGAAAAACCUUUUUCCUGCUCAGUUUGUGAUCAAAGAUUCACUCAGAAGGAACCCUUGAAAAUACACACAAGAACCCACACUGGCGAAAAACCUUUUUCCUGCUCAGUUUGUGGUCAAGGAUUCAGUCACAAGAGCAACUUAAAACGACACACAAAAACCCACACUAGCGAAAAACCUUUUCCCUACUCAGUUUGUGGUCAAGGAUUCUCUCUAAAGCAACACUUACAACGUCACGAAAGAACCCACACUGGCAAAAACCCUUUUUCCUGCUCGGUUUGUGGUAAAAAAUUCUCUCAAAAGCAACAGCGACAAAGUCACGAAAGAACCCACACUGGCGAAAAACAUUUUUCUUGCUCAGUUUGUGGUCAAGGAUUCUCUCAAAAGCAAUUACGACAAAGUCACGAAAGAACCCACACUGGCGAAAAACCUUUUUCCUGCUCAGUUUGUGGUCAAGGAUUUGCUCAAAAGCAAAACUUAAAAGUCCACAUAAGAACCCACACUGGCGAAAGACCUUUUACCUGUUCAGUUUGUGGUCAAAGAUUUGCUCAAAAGCCAAACUUGAAAGUCCACCUAAGAACCCACACUGGGGAAAAACCUUUUUCCUGCUCAGUUUGUGGUCAAGGAUUUGCUCAAAAGCAAAACUUGAAAGUCCACAUAAGAACCCACACUGGCGAAAAACCUUUUACCUGUUCAGUUUGUGGUCAAAGAUUUGCUCAAAAGCCAAACUUGAAAGUCCACAUAAGCACCCACACUGGCGAAAAACCUUUUUCCUGCUCAGUUUGUGGUCGAAGAUUCACUUUAAAAAAUGGCUUGAAAAUACACACAAGAACCCACACUGGCGAAAAACCUUUUUCCUGCUCAUUUUGUGGUCAAAGAUUUGCUCAGAAGAAUCGGAUGAAGAGACACGUGUGUGUUGGUGUGAGAAGCAGUGGCCAAUGACUGUUUUGCCUGUCAUCCAUGCUAGCUUCAUCGGAUUUUGCAUAAAGAUUAGGUUAGGGUUGGGGGUUACGUUCGUAUUUGUGGUACACUUGUGAUUGCAUUUUUGUUUGGACUUUGCCAUUUUGUGUUUUACCUUUUCUGGCCCAUAACGUCUUUCCCUUGGUUCUCUCGCCGACUGGUAUUAUUUAUAUCAUAAUCUCCCAUUCAAACUACACUUGUCACACUUAAUAUUUGAAACCGCAGACCCCAAAUUCUAAAAAUUCUAAAUCAUUCAUAAAUAUUGUCAUUAGAUAAAUAUGGAAAUUUAGAAUAUAUUAUUCAAUAUUGCAACCAAAAAAAAAAAAAAAAAAAAUUAUGGCUCACAAAUGAGUUUUUUUGUGUGGACGUUAAUGUAAAUAUAUAUAUUUUUUAAAAUUACUAUUACGACUGGUGAUCGACAGAAUAUGAGGGCCAAAUAAAGAAAAUGAAGAAAAAAGGACUAACAGUAAAGUAGCGUUCUUACGACAAGAAAUGUUUUAUUUUUCUUGUAGCAAGUCAAGUUUUGGUACAUCAUUUUUGUUAAAAAUAAAUAUCUAAAGAAACAAAACACACGGACUCGUUUCUGUAUUUAACUUUGCAGAUUAUAUAUGUUUUGUGUUGAGAAUGUUUUUGUUUGUUAAUAACAUGGUCACCACCUGACACCUACAGGGGUCGCAUUGAAUAAGGCGCUAUUCACUGUUGCCAUGGUUUUUUUGUAAUAAAUUCUACACAAACUUCCUCGUCUGUGUUCGAUCCAUGUAAUACGGCUCGCCGUUUCAUUACAAAAUGGCAUUAUUUAUGUCAUACUCUCCCUUUCAAGCUACACUUUUAAUAUUUGAAACAGCAGACCCCAAAUUCCAAAAAUUCAAAAUACUGUCUUUAGAUAAAUAAGGAAAAUUAGAAUAUAUUGAUCAAUAUUGCAAAAA